AAAAGAACAGGGAACAAAAGCUUAUACUAUGCAGUGGGCGACCAAUGUGGCUAUUUAAUUUAAAUGAGCUGAAUCGUAAACCUGUACACAUGACAGCAAUUCAAUAAUCACUGUGUUCAAUAUAUUUUUUCUAAAUAUGCUUUCCUUUUCAUUUUGUGAUUCUCUCUCCCACCUCUUUAUUUAUUUUUUGUUCUCUUUGCCCUCUAUAUAUAACUAUUAUAUUCCUAUAUGUUUUGUUUGUUGACAGUGCAAUGUAUAAAAAUGGUAAACUCCACUCCGACUUAUAAGGGGGAAAAGACAUAUUUGCGUUUGUGUGCUUUAAUUUUAUUGUAAUUUUAAUUAGUCUUGUUUUAUUUUUAAUUUGACAUGUUUAAAAUUAAUCAAUACAGGCAAUGUUUGAGCAUAAAUAGUCGAGCUUGUACUCCCUUCCAAUAGAGGGCGCCAAUAAUCAAACGUUCAUCCGCGUUGACGUCAAGUGUAGACGAGCAAGUUUGCCCGCGAACGUUUCAAAACAUUAAGUGGUUGUGUAAAGUAAGCGAUUUUGGUUUUGCAGCAGACAAUGGCAGCGAAAAUGAAUUUACCCGCCGACUGUGCAAAUAAAACAUACUCUGUUUGCGAGAGUGCGGCGGAUAGCAGUAACCGAGCGGGGGAAGAAGCAGAAGCCGACGGUGCAGCGGUGUUUAUGUGCGGCAAAUGCAAACUGCCCAUCGGCGACUCUCUGUCCUGGGCAGGCAGUGAUGACGAGCGAAACCAAAUCAUGCUCAAACGUACUAGUGACAAUGUUGUGAUAGGCAAGGAGCCUUUUCUUGCUGGUACCCGAAAGGAGCUUGGGUGCCUUGUUGUGAACCUCACAUGUCGUGGCUGUAGUUCAGAAUUAGGAAUUAUGUACAUAUCGACUCCAAAAAAACUUGAUUGUAAGAGAUCCCUCUUCUGCUUCAAUGUUCAACAUAUUGAAAGUUAUGUAGUGGGUAGUUCAAGUCAGCAGAUGCCAGAUUUAGACCGUGAGGACCGGCCAGUAACACUGGAAUACCAAGACACUGUUGAGCAGCAGAUGACAGAGAUCAAAUCUUUAGCAGUGAUAAUAGGACAACGACUGCUGGAGAUCGAAAGUAACCUACAGUGCAGUUCGGACAAAUAAAAGUGAGCUGUCAUAAAGCUGUUUUAAUAAUCUGACAGUUUGGAAAAUCUACUUUGUCUGGAUCCCAUAUAUUUUUUUUACAACCUUUACUGUUAGAUUUGUCCAGAAAGGUAUGUAUUUAUUUAUAUGUAUGUACUGUACAGUUAAAACCAAUUGACACACAUCUGUGUUAUUCAGAAGAGCUGGAAAAGCAGAUCAAAGUUUCUUCCCUACAUGUAUAUAAUCGACCAUUCUGGUGCUUUGUUGUAUGUGAUGCUUAUAUUUACGUAUAUAUUCAUGGACGCAACGUAAAUAAAAGGGUCAAGCAACGUGUUGUAUGUUUCCCUCCCCUUUUGUUUGUUUUUAAUGUUUCAUGUUUUGCAUCAAAACAUUCACGCCCAUCCCUCUUACAACUGCUUCAAAACAAGUGCAUCGUGAAUGGAGGGGGGCUCGAGCCAUUUGUUUUGUUUACAGUUCCUGUCUAAUGUGCCUAGCAACACCACUAGGAGGUGGGAAAAUAUUAUCAUGGCGACCCCGAAACUGCAAGCGCGCCCGCAAUUCCGAACAGCGAUGGGCACGCGCAUCGGACCAACCAGAGCGCUGUAUCUAAGGGCCAGGCUGCCAUGGAAACAAAGCGCACAUGCUACCCAGAGCCGCACUGAUGCGAGAGCCUGUUGCCAUCGCAUCAGCCGUUUCCUGAUUCGCCGGGCAGCCAAUAAACUCGCGCGUCUGCCUGCCAGGGUGAUGACGUCGAACUUCAGGCGCUCAAAGGGGCGUGGUUUCUACCCUGCCCCGCCUUCAAGACAGCAGUCCGUUGAGAAUUCUUCUCAUUCACUCGGUGAACCCAGUGGUGUUCAAAUAGAUACUGAGGUAAAAAUAACGCGCAUGUUGCAUCAUGUUUGCAAAUUCUGU